AUGGCUUCGGAGAAGGCGCCAGACCCAAGAACCUCGGGUGUCACAGACACGGGACCAUUCUCCAAAGCAGCAUCGCAUGUCGCUAGUCCUUUGUCUUCGUCUCAUGCGCGAGGAAGCAACCCUCAUCUAGUGAACAUCAGGAUUAGAAAUGUGUCUGUCCGAGUCGAUCCGACCGCUGGGCCCUCCUCGGUCGACACUUUCAGGGCGCGGAUCCUACGCAGCAAGGACAAAAAAGCCAUUAAAGAUAUUUUACGGGACGUCUCAGCAGACCUAUGCGGUCAAACCCUGACCGCAAUCGCUGGUGCUAGCGGAUCCGGAAAAACCACACUUCUCAAUGUUAUCGCUCGGCGUGUCAAAGACCAAAAAUUUCAGCAAUCCGGCAGUGUCACGUAUGAUGACACGGCUAAGAAACCGACCCUUGAGGCAGAUUCGUCUAUGGUCGGGCUAGCCUAUGUGCUUCAGCAAGAUGUGCUCCUGCCCAGCUUGACAGUAAGAGAGACUCUCAGGUAUGCGGCGGACUUGCGUCUGUCUACCACCAAAACCAAGGCACAGCGAUAUGCAAUGGUUGAGACCGUCAUCGACGAUCUCGGCCUAGGUUCCUGUGCGGAUACUAGGAUUGGCGACAAUGUUCACAAGGGCUGCUCGGGCGGCGAGAAACGACGAACCAGCAUUGGUGUCCAAUUGCUCGCAGACCAGCCGGUUCUCAUUCUAGAUGAGCCAACCACAGGCCUUGAUGCCGCAUCAGCAGUCCAGGUCGUGCAGACUCUCAAAUCGCUUGCCCAGAGGGGUAAAACGGUCAUCAUGACGAUCCAUCAGCCGCGUUCAGAAAUCUGGAGGCUCGUUGAUAAUCUCAUAUUGCUGUCGAGAGGCAGUCCAGUCUAUUCAGGACCCGUCGCAAAGUGUUUAUCAUACUUUGAUGAAGCUGGCUAUAACAUGCCUCCGUUCUCCAACCCAUUCGACUUCGUCAUUGACCUGGCUGCGGUUGACCUUCGUUCGCAGCAGUCGGAGGGCAUGUCGUCGGAACGAGUCGAAGCGUUACGGGCGUUGUGGAGAACCAAGUCACCAGACUUCAUUGACAGCACUAUAGACGUAUUUUCCGGCAAGACCUUUGAUGGAAAGCAGAUGGCUCACUCGGGGAAAUGGCUCAACGAACUUUUUCAGGAAACGCUCGUUCACACGCGCAGGACUUUUGUCGUGACAUGCCGAGAUCGACUGGGUCUUGUCGCGAGUAUGGUAGAGUCGCUGAGUAUGGGCGUCAUGAGUGGUUGGAUUUUCUACCAACUAGGUUCUGACAUGGCAGGAAUUCGCUCUCGAGAAGGAGCAAUGUACUCGGCCUGUGCUCUACAGGGAUAUUUGAUUUUGCUAUUCGAAACAUAUAGACUGACGAUCGACAUUGAAGUUUACGACCGAGAGCGGAUCGAAGGAGUGAUUAGGCCCAUCAGCUUCAUCUUCAGCAGGAGGUUUGCUCGGCUCGUACUGGAAGACCUUCCUGUCCCGUUCUUUUACUCUGUGAUCUACUACUUCACGGCAGGAUUUCGAGCGGAACCAGAGCAGUUCUUCACAUUCUUCGCCAUUCAGCUCCUACUCCAUCUCAUCGCGGUCAACCUCGCCACCGUGUGUGUUGGCAUAAAUCGGCACUUUAUGAUUGCGUCGUUGAUUGCCAACCUUAGUUUCACAUUGCAGUCAAUGGGAUGCGGCUUCUUCAUCAAUACCAGAGAGAUUGCCGUUUGGUUACGCUGGAUCAAAUGGACGGCAUACGUCUUCUACUCGUUCGGAGCACUCUGUACGAACGAAUUCCGGGGCCACUUCUAUGAUUGUCCUAGUCCUGGCGGCCCUUCGGACCCGGCUUGCAAAGAGUACACUGGCUCGUACAUUCUUGCUUCGCUGAAUCUGCCGUCGAAUUGGCUCUGGAGGCCAAUCGUUGUCCUGGUUGGCUUCGCCUUGUUCUUUUUCAUUCUCUCAGGACUCAUACUCCAGGUCCUCACAACAGAAGUCGAAAUGGCAAAGCAGCAUGAUAGCGAGAUUACAUAUGAGGUCGAGAGCCUGCAAACGAUGACAUUACCUGGUGAUAAAGAAAGAGGCAUUCGCGUGACACUCGAUCAUUUCGGCCUGGAUCUAGAGACUCAGCGACUUUUCCAAGGCAAAUCGAUCAAACGCAUUUUCCAUCCCGUCAACACCCAGUUCGACCCAGGAGUGCUGAAUGUGAUCAUGGGUCCAUCAGGCUCCGGAAAGUCCUCGUGCCUGAACGCAAUGGCAGGAAGACUGUACAACUCGCCUAUGACAAAAUACUUGCCGUCAGGGAAGAUGCUUCUCAAUGGAAUGACAGCCACAGAGAACGUCAUUACGUCCAUUUGCUCAUAUGUCCCCCAAGACGACACAGGCCUCCUCUCGUCCCUCACUGUGCGCGAAACACUUCAUUUCGCAGCGCGUCUACGCCUGCCUCCAUUUAUGACGAAUGAACAAAAGAUCCAACGAGCAGAGAGGGUUCUCUUACAACUCGGGUUAAAGGAUUGUGCCGACACGCUUGUGGGAAGCGACAUGGUCAAAGGUAUUAGCGGCGGCGAGAAACGUCGCGUGUCAAUCGGUAUUCAAAUCUUGACCGAUCCACGAGUUUUGCUUCUGGACGAACCGACAUCCGGCCUCGAUGCGUUCACCGCGUUCUCCAUCAUCGAGGUCCUCAAAGGGUUAGCAGACGAAGGCAGAACAAUUAUCUUCUCCAUCCACCAGCCUCGCUCCGACAUGUUUAAACAGUUCGGCGGCGUUGUCUUACUGGCCAAGGGGGGCGACGUAGUGUACACCGGCACCGUAGAGAGCAUGCUUCCAUACUUUGCACGACAAGGACACUCGUGUCCAGAAUCUGCCAACCCAGCCGACUUUGCGCUCGACUUAGUGUCUGGUGGUCGUCUUGAAUCAUUACCGUCGUCGUCUACGGCAGCAUCGCCCCAGGACAGAGAAAAUGAACAGACGCCAAUAGCACUCACUGGCGUGGCCACGGCCACAGCUACACCGAUGACGGCCACCUCACCAGCUUCACAGGAAGACACCCGUCACCCAUCAUCGCCAUCACACCUCUCCCUCCCAGCAAGUCUAGGCGUGCACACACGCCGCACCCUCCCGUUCCGCACAUCCUUCCCGAUCCUCUUACACCGCGGCAUCAUCAACCUCCGCAGACAACCGAACCUCCUUCUGGGGCGCAUCACGCAACUUGCAGGUCUCGGCAUCGUCCUCGCGGCCUUCUUCUCUCCCUUGAAGCACGACUACUUCUCCGUGCAGACGCGCGUCGGGUACAUCCAGGCCAUGAGCUCCAUGUUCUUUGUGGGCAUGCUGAACAGCAUCGCCAUGUACCCGUCGGAACGGGACAUCUACACGCACGAGUCGCAACGGGACAAGACGUACCCCCUGUCCGCGUUCUACCUGUACUACCUCGCGCUCGAAGUGCCGAUGGAAGUCGUCGCGAGCCUGUUAUUCUCCGUCCUCACCGUCUUCGCCGCCCGCUUGCCCUACACGGCGGGCGACUUCUUCCUGGUCGCCUACAGCGCCUUCUGCGUUGUGUCGUGCGGCGAGAGUUUCGGCAUCUUGUUCCUGACGGCCUUCCGCCACACCGGUCUUGCCGUCAGCGUCAUGUCGGUCGUGCUGUCCAUCUCCAUCCACCUGGCCGGGGUGCUCAGCAUAGACGUCGACGCCUUCCUCCGGGCCGUCAACUACAUUUCCCCCAUCAAAUGGCAGGUCGGGGCUCUCCUGAGCUACACUCUCCGAGGCAUACAUUUCACAUGCACCUCGGACCAACGCCUCCCCGACGGCUCAUGCCCCAUCGCCACAGGGGAGGAGGUCCUCAAGCUGUACAAGCUCGAUGUCGACACGGCCGCCUACGCGAUUGCUCUGGGAGGCGUGACGGUCGCGUAUAGAAUCCUAGGCUAUCUGGGGUUGUUGGCCAAACGGACAGAUUGGAGAUUGUUCCUCGCAAAGGUCGCACACGUGCUGUCACGGUCUUCUUCUCAAAAAGAAAGGAAAGUUGGGACGUCUUGA